UGUUUGUAGCUAUGAAUUAAUCUGCCUCAACUGCCGCUGCUGCUGCACCUCAAUCGUCCCGGUACUGGCUAUGUCCUAAGUAGAAUCGUACUAUUAUCACUUUAAAAAAGAGAAAGAAAGGAAGAAAGAAAGAAUUUUUUUUAUUUUCCUCUGUUUGAUUUCGUUUCAGGUUGUUGUAGGGAGGAGGGAGUUUUUGGCUGGUGUUUUCAUUAGGGUUUUGUUUCAUUUGGUUACGUCGAUUGAUUUGAUUUGGUGGUGGGUAAUUACGUGCGAGGUCAACUGGUUGCUUGUGUUUGUGUGGCGUUUUUUCCAGCUUACUCUGGCAUUUUAUGCAGGAGAUUGUGGGAGAUAUAGUUUGAUUAUUGGUGGUGGUUUGAGAAAGAGACGUAUGUCAAACGUGAAGCCUUCGAGGAGGUUGUGAAGGGUUAUUCUUGCGAUCCGCGUUUUGUGUAGGUGUGUUGGAAUCUCCUGACUAGACAUAGGUGUCUGAGCAGUGGAGUCUCUGUUUCGGAGAUUGGUUUUGAGAAAGCAGGAACCAUGGACAGCUUGCCAUAUCUUGUUCCAUCGUCCCACCCCGACUCCGAUGAUAAGAUUCCACGGGAUCCUCCCAUGUGUUUGAGAAUGAUGAAUCCUCCCGCGUCAAAUGGAUUUGGAGAAGUGCUGUACAACGUGGUUCUGGCUCUUCCUGCAUUACUCUCCCUUCUUUUCCUUCUCACGCGAUUGCGGUUGAGCGUAAGGAAACUUUUACAAAGCCGGUCGCAUAUCAUGAGAACCUACUACAGUUUCCUCUGGGUCAUUUGCGUGCUCAACCUCUGUUGGUGUCUCCUUGAGAUGCAACAAGCACGUAAUCAUGAUAAGGAAACAGCUUGGAAUGUCAUGUCCCUUGUCACUAGGUUUGGUUUGGUUCUUUUAGAGGUGAGCGUGGUCGUGUUUCUUUCUCAGGGUUAUCUCGUUAGCGGAUGGGAUGCACUUCUUCGUACGCUUUUAUUUUCAGGAAUUUUCGCAACAGCUGAUGCAUUGGUGAAAGCAAUCUACAUAUUUGGCUUCGGCAUUCCGCUCUUUACUACGCAGGAUGAUGCCGGAGACUGGCACAAAUGGGGCUUUUGGUUGUUGCACAACCUUUUUUUUGCGGCAGUGUAUGUUGUGAUCCUAACCCUCCCUUAUACGAGAUGGAGAGAUCGACUACCGGCAAGACCGUCCUUCUAUCGCUACGUCAUGAUCUUAUUCCUUCUGAAUGGGUUCGAAGGCUUUGGAAGUUUGCUCUUGGGAUUUGGUGCCAGUUUUGGAUACUGUGUCUACGGGUUCGCUGGUUUUGCAUACUACGCUCUUUACCCGCCUCUCUUGUAUACUACUUUCCUUUCGGAUUUCCUUCGAGAGGAAGACAUGCAAAUGGAGGAAGCAUACUACGCAGAGAUGAAGGAUGCAGGCUACUUCGAUGGUGAUUGGGAAUGAGGUGCUGUCUGGCGGACUGGUUGCUCGGGUUGUAGUGUGGUUUGACAUCCAGAAAAAGUACUUGUUAACUGGGCAUGGGUCGCCAGAUGCCUUGAAGUUGGUUCACAGGAGGUAGAUUGCUUAUCGCCUUGACGAUUUUGAGAUCUACAAUCAAGAUCCGUAUCGUUUAUGCAUCAAACCGAAUUCCCUAGUGCUUUGGAUGUCUCUAUGUGAUUGACCUAGAAAUCUUAGAAAUCUCACUUACAAUUGGAAAAGGUACAUAUUUGAAUUCCGUUCUUCUUAUAGAAAUAAUUAAAUUACUUAUGUGUUGCAAAAUUGUACAUUAAAAAAAAAUUGUUUCAUGAGAGAAGGUAUGGAAUGCACAAUAAUUAUUUCUCCUUC